UUGAUGCAAAUGCUGACCAACUUACCUCGUGACAUUAUGUAACAGAGUUGAUCUGGACACGCUCAACAAGCAUAACGGCUGAGACUGACCAGUUCGUCAACACCCCAUCAUUUUGACUUACAAAUGGCGAGGAGUUCCAGCACAUUCGGGAAGCACCAGAGUAUGGGCACCGGUUCUUCUAUGAAUGAUCCACAUCAGGCCACGGUGAAAUAUACACCUACCCCCUCACCCACGGCCGGACGGACAUUGACUGACGUCCUGAGAGAAUAUCAGAAUGGCAGGAACACUCUCAAUACGGAAGACGUUCAAGCUUUGGAAAACUUUAUACAGAACAACUCGAAAUAUGUAAAGGGCACAGAUAUUCAUUCGACGCUAGGUGUCGCAAAAUCAAAACAGACACUGGUCGGUCUUCAACAGGAACGUAAAGAUAUACUGAAUAAGAUAUCUGAAAUAGCAGGUGCUCGUUUAAAGUCCAAUAACCCUGCUAUAGCCGACCUCAGCGAUCAAAAUCGGCCUAGUAAGUUGGCAGAAAAGUUCUCGGAGCUGUAUGACAACGAAUGGACAGAUGCUACCGAAGAAUUGAAAGAAAGAAAGAAGAAAGAAAAAUCUACGGAGAAAUCGGAAGAGGAAAUGGAGAUCACUGUCAUCAAAUUGUUCUAUGAAAUCACCAAGGAUAUCUAUAAACGCUGCAAAAAGACGUCAGAGAAACAACUAGAGGAAGUAAAGACGGCCGUUUGUUUGGACGAGAAUAGCGAAGUGCAUCAGAAAAUGACAGUCGAACUUGAAAGAAAAUGCAGAGAAUUUAUUAGAACUCACGGUGAAGUAAGGCUACGUCAAAUUAUAGAGAAACUUCCAGAUGAAGUCUUACAAGAAAUCGAGAAUGCUGAGGCCAAUGAAUUAAAAAUAAGCUGUGACAUACUUAAAAGCUGUAAACGCGUUAUGGAUUUCAUAAAAUCGUGCAUUCGACUUUGUUGGUACAUGAAUCUACAGGAACCUCCCGUAUACAUGGUCACAGACGUGGAUCCCAACUCACUGCACAUGUUUCGAGCAUAUACAAGGUCUGGUGACGUCAUUGAUUAUGUAGUGUGGCCCAGUCUAUUGCUAAAAGAGGAUGGGCCUCUUCUUUACAAAGGAGUUGCGCAGAUGAAGAAAACUGUCACGAGAACGCAGAGUAACAAACGAGAACCUGUUCCUGACCAUAAUGGUGCCGAUAAAGAUAGCAUCAAGGAAGGUGAAGGAACUAAUCAACAAGAUCCGUCACCGCUGUAUGAAAAUGUACAAUUUUCAGAACAGAGGAAAAAUAAAGCUUGGAAUGGUAUGGUUGAUAAAAGUGAAAAGCAAGAAGAGAAUGUGUCAAAUAUGCCUCCCAGACGUUUUGUAACGAAAGUUGAUGUUAGUCGUACGCCUAAAAAUGAGGAUGUAUAGGAGACCCGUUGAAAAAAUAACAAUAUCGGUAAUCAGUGAAAAAAAAUUAUUGACUUGGUUUGAGGGCGUGAUGAAAACUGUUUUGACAAUUAUAGCAAUAAGGUCAAAGCCAAAAACCCACAGAUGAAAGGCAUACAGUGAGUGUCGGAUGGCCCAUCUUCGCUAGCCUGUAGGGGUUUUCGGUCCAUUUUGUUCCUCAUAAACAUUUACGGGGUGCAAAGUGGACCGAAAACCCUUGGCCAGCGAAGAUGCGGAUGGCCAAAUCAAGGAACGAAGAAUGAGUUCUGGCGUUAUACUGGAAGCCUUGUUUAAAACUAAAAGUAUUGUUCUCUUACUCAUGUAAAGUAUUACAUUGUAUUUAUAAUUGAAAAUCAUAUAAACAUAUAUAUGGCUUUAUUGGUUAUUUUUCUAUUGAUCUGUAUAUACAACAUAUUCGGGUAAAAUUAUAAUUGCUGACUACUACUUGUUUGUUUCGUUGACAAACGUAUGUGCCAAUCAAGUUCCCGUUUUGUUAUAUAGAGUUUAUGUAGGCAGAUCGAGAAUGUUUUACUAUGCAUGUUGUGUAUUUUUCACACCACUGUGAUACAUGAUACAUAUCAUAUGUAUCGGAACAUCAAUGUGAUACGUGAUACAUAUUAUUGUAAUUUUUACAAUUCUUUUUGCAGGUCUUGAUUUUCUUUUGUUCAGUGAUCAUGAUUUAUAGAUCGUGAUUAUGAUUUUAAAAAACCCCAAUGCAGUUUGAUACAUGGUUGUGUAACUCGUUUUCAUGGCUCUCUGAUAUGUGAUACAAAAAUAUGCCUAUAUCAUAUCAUAUCAUAUUAAAUGUAAUUUCAAAACACAAAUAAAAUAUUGAUAUAAAAAUAA